AUGGUAUACGAAGGCAAACGAUUGGUUUCCUGCCAUUGUUUCUUCCUGUUAACAGCCAAAUUCUACUGGAUACUCACUCUGAUGCAAAGAACUCAUGGCCAGGAAUAUGCCCACUCCAUUCGACUGGAUGGGGACAUCAUCUUGGGAGGACUGUUCCCCGUUCAUGCAAAAGGGGAUAGAGGGGUGCCUUGUGGGGAGCUCAAGAAGGAGAAGGGGAUCCACAGACUAGAAGCAAUGCUGUAUGCAGUAGAUCAGAUUAAUAAAGACCCUGAUCUUCUUGCCAAUAUCACCUUAGGUGUCCGUAUCCUUGAUACGUGUUCCAGGGACACCUAUGCAUUGGAGCAGUCCUUAACAUUUGUGCAAGCAUUGAUAGAAAAAGAUGGUUCAGACGUGAAGUGUGCAAACGGUGACCCACCGAUUUUCACUAAGCCAGACAAGAUAUCAGGUGUGAUAGGUGCUGCAGCAAGUUCUGUGUCCAUUAUGGUCGCAAAUAUUUUAAGACUCUUUAAGAUACCUCAAAUCAGCUAUGCAUCUACAGCUCCAGAGCUGAGCGAUAACACCAGGUACGACUACUUCUCUCGAGUGGUCCCACCAGACUCCUACCAAGCACAGGCCAUGGUUGACAUCGUGACGGCCCUGGGGUGGAACUAUGUCUCAACGCUGGCUUCUGAAGGCAACUAUGGGGAGAGUGGUGUGGAGGCGUUCACCCAGAUCUCCAGAGAAAUCGGAGGUGUUUGCAUUGCUCAGUCACUCAAAAUCCCUCGGGAACCAAGACCAGGAGAAUUUGAAAAGAUCAUUAAACGCUUGUUGGAAACUCCAAAUGCUCGAGCAGUGAUCAUGUUUGCGAACGAAGAUGAUAUUAGGAGAGUACUGGAAGCAGCCAAAAAAGCUAAUCAGUCUGGACAUUUCCUCUGGAUUGGCUCAGACAGUUGGGGGUCAAAAAUUUCACCAGUCCAGCAGCAGGAGGAGAUUGCAGAAGGAGCAGUAACUAUUCUACCCAAAAGAACAUCCAUAGAUGGAUUUGAUAGAUAUUUUCGGAGCAGAACACUUGCUAACAAUCGAAGAAAUGUCUGGUUUGCAGAAUUUUGGGAGGAGAAUUUUGGAUGCAAAUUGGGAUCACAUGGAAAAAGAAAUAGCAAUAUCAAGAAAUGCACAGGUUUAGAAAGAAUUGCGAGAGAUUCAGCCUAUGAACAAGAAGGAAAAGUUCAGUUUGUCAUUGAUGCAGUAUAUUCCAUGGCCUAUGCCCUGCACAACAUGCAUAAAGAUCUCUGUCCUGGAUAUAUUGGUCUGUGCCCAAGGAUGAGCACAACUGAUGGUAAAGAACUACUUGGCUAUAUCCGAGCAGUAAAUUUUAAUGGGAGUGCUGGAACACCUGUUGUUUUCAAUGAAAAUGGAGAUGCUCCUGGACGCUAUGAUAUUUUUCAGUAUCAAAUCAACAAUAAGAGUACAGAAUACAAAGUAAUCGGUCAGUGGAGUAAUCAGCUUCAUCUAAACGUAGAAGACAUGCAGUGGGCAAACAGAGAGCACACUCAUCCAGCAUCUGUCUGCAGCCUGCCCUGUAAAGCUGGGGAAAGAAAGAAAACGGUGAAGGGAGUGCCCUGCUGCUGGCACUGUGAGCGCUGUGAGGGGUACCAUUACCAGGUGGAUGAAUUCAACUGUGAACUCUGUCCCAUUAAUAAAAGACCAAAUGCCAACCGUACGGAUUGCCAGCUUAUCCCUAUAAUCAAACUGGAGUGGCAUUCUCCUUGGGCCAUCGUGCCUGUCUUCAUAGCUAUUCUCGGUAUCAUUGCCACCACCUUUGUGAUUGUGACAUUUGUCCGGUACAACGACACACCGAUCGUCAGGGCAUCUGGGCGGGAGCUCAGCUAUGUGCUCCUGACUGGCAUUUUUCUCUGUUACUCCAUCACUUUUUUAAUGAUUGCAGCUCCUGAUACUGUGGUCUGCUCAUUUCGAAGAAUCUUUUUAGGACUUGGCAUGUGUUUCAGCUAUGCUGCCUUGCUUACCAAAACAAACAGGAUUCACAGAAUAUUUGAACAAGGUAAAAAAUCUGUCACAGCUCCCAAAUUUAUUAGUCCAGCUUCUCAGCUGGUGAUCACUUUCAGCCUCAUAUCCUUGCAGCUUAUUGGAGUCUUCAUCUGGUUUGCUAUUGAUCCGCCACAUACCAUUGUAGACUAUGGAGAGCAGAGGACACUUGAACCAGAAAACGCCAGAGGAGUUCUCAAAUGUGACAUUUCAGAUCUUUCUCUCAUUUGUUCCCUUGGAUAUAGUAUUCUCUUGAUGGUCACGUGCACUGUUUAUGCUAUUAAAACUAGAGGGGUUCCAGAGACCUUCAAUGAAGCAAAACCCAUUGGAUUUACUAUGUACACAACCUGCAUAAUUUGGUUAGCUUUUAUUCCAAUCUUUUUCGGUACGGCUCAAUCAGCGGAGAAGAUGUACAUCCAGACAACAACACUUACUAUCUCCAUGAGUUUAAGUGCUUCUGUGUCUCUGGGCAUGCUCUACAUGCCCAAGGUUUAUAUUAUCAUUUUUCACCCAGAGCAGAAUGUUCAAAAACGGAAGCGGAGCUUCAAGGCUGUAGUGACAGCUGCUACAAUGCAAAGCAAACUGACACAAAAAGGAAACGACAGACCAAAUGGUGAAGUCAAGACUGAACUGUGUGAAAGUCUUGAAACCAACACCUCCUCUACCAAGACAACUUAUGUCAGUUACAGCAAUCAGGCAGACUGAGCAGGGAUGAAAUUCACUGGAAGAUCUGCAGGACUGGAUCUUGCAAACAUAGACUUUACCACCACCAGAAUUCAGUCUUGAAAAUAUCAGUAGACUACAUUCAAAUCGAUAGUCAGU